AUGGGGGAGCUGCGCGAGGUGGAGGGCAGCGUGCUGCGGCGGCUCCUGCGCCGCGAGCCGGACGGGCCGGGCCCCGGGCGCUGCCUGCUGCUGGACUGCCGGCCCUUCCUGGCCCACAGCGCCGGCUACAUCCGCGGCGCGCUCAACGUGCGCUGCAACAGCAUCGUGUGGCACCGCGCCAAGGGCGCCGUCAGCCUGGAGCAGAUCCUGCCGGCUGAGGCCGAGGUGCGCGCCCGCCUGCGCUCUGGCCUCUACUCCGCCGUGGUGGUGUACGACGAGCGCACUAGCCCUAAUACCACCUCCCCGAACAACAUUAGCUGUGCUGACAAAAGUACUCUUCGGUCGGAAUAAUUGGGUUUACA